UUGACCUUGAGGGGUAAUUCGAGACUAGAAUAGCAUUGAAGAGUAGAAGCUUCUCAGAGUCGGCGGGGGUGCUGCUCUCUCUUCGGCGACGAAUUCACGGUGACUGCCGGAGCUUCUGAAAGUAGCGGUUAGAGAAUCACCAUUCUUCGGAAUGAGCGCAGGGGGGGCGUUUGGUGGAAAUAGAGGAUUGAGACCCGUCCCACCAGAAAAGGGAGUGUUCCCUUUGGAUCACAUGCAUUUAUGCGAUUUGGAGAAGAAAGAGUACCUCAGCUGUCUUAAAACUGCUGGGCAUAAAUCUGAACAGUGUAGACAGUUCUCAAAGAAGUACUUGGAAUGCCGAAUGGAGAAGAACCUGAUGGCAAAGCAAGACAUGUCAGAACUGGGAUUUGGGAAGCAAUAUGUUGCAGAAACUUCUUCAGAGGAAAAUAAGGAUGAGAGAAUAGAAAAAUGAAGGACCUUAUUAGUUUUGGAACCAAAAGAUUUCCAUAAAAAUUUUCCUUUUGGGAAUUUGUUUGUUUUGCAUUAUUUUGUGGUCUAUUUGCAUGGCCCUGCUAUAAAAACCUUGUUAGAUUUUAGAGAAUAUGUUAAUUAUCUGGAUAUUACCCAGCCCAAGGAAUAAGACCAAAGCAAUCCUCUGUAUCAUUGAUUAACAUGACAAUAGCAAAUAUGCCUAUUUUUUAAUUACAUUGCAGUGUAAACAAGAAUUCCAAUUUGUUCAAUUUGAUCUUAUAAUACCUUUUGAUACUCCA